GCGAACUGCAGAGACAGCUGCCUUCGGGACACCUGAGAGCUCGCGUCAUCCCUGACCUGCUCCUGGCGAUGGGCUUCCUGCAGGCCGCCCUCUGGGCAGUGCUCCAUCCCCAGACCCUCCUGCUGGGUGCUGUCACUUUUCUGUUCUUCGCUGACUUCCUCAAAAGCCGGCGACCAAAGAACUACCCGCCAGGGCCUUGGCGCCUGCCCUUCGUUGGCAACUUCUUCCUCCUGGGCUUUGAGCAGUCGCACCUGACACUUCAGCGGUUUGUGAAGAAAUAUGGGAACAUUCUUAGCCUGGACUUGGGGAACAUAUCUUCAGUUGUUAUUACGGGAUUGCCCCUGAUCAGAGAAGCCCUUACCAACAUGGGCCAAAACUUUGUGAACCGCCCUGUUUCCCCCAUGCGAGAACGCAUCUUUAAGGGAAAUGGAUUGAUCAUGUCCAAUGGCCAAGUAUGGAAGGAGCAAAGAAGGUUCGCCCUGGCGGCACUGAGGAACUUUGGCUUAGGGAGGAAGAGCUUAGAGGAACGCAUUCAGGAGGAGGCCCACCACCUCGUUGAGGCAGUAAAAGAGGAGAACGGGCAGCCUUUUGACCCUCACUUCAAAAUCAACAAUGCAGUUUCCAAUAUCAUUUGCUCCAUCACCUUUGGGAAGCGAUUUGAGUACCAGGAUGGUGAGUUUCAGGAGCUGCUGAGGUUACUGGAUGAGGCCACAUACAUGGAGGCUUCAGUGGCAAGCCAGCUCUACACUAUCUUUCCAUGGAUAAUGAAGUUCCUUCCUGGUUCUCACCAAACUGUCUUCAGAAACUGGGAAAAACUGAGAUUGUUUGUGGCUCACAUCAUUGAAAAGCACAAGAGAGAUUGGAAUCCUGAUGAAACAAGAGACUUCAUUGACACUUACCUCAAGGAAAUUGCCAAGAAUGCCAGCAAUGCCGCCUCAAGUUUCCAUGAAGAGAAUCUCAUCUGGUGCACUCUGGACCUCUUCUUUGCUGGAACUGAGACAACUUCCACCACCCUACGCUGGGGGCUGCUUUACAUGGCCCUCUACCCAGACAUCCAAGAGAAAGUACACGCUGAGAUUGACAGAGUGAUUGGCCAGGAGCAGCUGCCAAGCGUCGCCGCCCGGGAGUCCCUGCCCUACACCAACGCCGUCAUCCAUGAGGUGCAGAGGAUGGGCAACAUCGUCCCCCUGAACGUUCCCAGGGAAGUGGCGGCUGACACCACCUUGGCUGGGUACCACCUGCCCAAGGGCACUAUGGUCUUGACCAAUCUGACCGCACUGCACAGGGACCCCGCCGAGUGGGCCACACCGGACACGUUCAAUCCUGAGCAUUUUCUGGAGAAUGGACAGUUUAAGAAAAGGGAAGCCUUCCUGCCUUUCUCGAUAGGAAAGCGGGUUUGCCUUGGAGAACAGUUGGCCAGGACUGAGCUGUUUAUUUUCUUCACUUGCCUUAUGCAAAAAUUUACCUUCAGGCCCCCAGACAAUGAGAAGCUGAGCCCCAAGUUCAGAAUGGGCGUCACCCUUUCCCCAGUCAAACACCGUCUCUGCGCUGUUCCUCGGGGGUGACCUCAUUAGGAAAGGAAAGGAGAAAGUGAGAAGAAAUGGACUGUGUUCUGAAGCCACUGCUGAUGCCAUAGAUAUGAGGGGCCAAAAUGAUAAUGACCCUGAGGAAUUAGACACAGAAGAAACCAUAUCCAAGUCCUGGCUUUGCUGUCUCCUUUAAAUUAACCUUGGAAAAACCACUUAAGUGCUAAACAAUUUACCUUUUCAUCCAGGAAAUGAAAAGAAGAUAACGAUGCCUUUCCUAACAGAAAGUUCUUGCAAGAAUCAAAGGAAACAGAGGACGUUAAGUGAGUUGGAAGCCAUAAAGCACAGCAUAAAUGUGGUGUCUGUAAUGUGCCUCCUUCCCGCCUCCUUUGUUACACAGUAUUUUUGCCUGUGCCCUUUGAGAUAGCACAAGGCAAAAUGGUGCAAAAUAAUCACUAAGGUUAUGGGUCCUGGGGGCGGUGCCUGUGGCUCAAAGGGAGUAGGGCUCCACCCCAUAUGCCGGAGGUGGUGGGUUCAAACAGAGCCCCAGCCAAAAACUGCAAAAAUAAAUAAAUAAAUAAAUAAGUGGGCCCUGGGAGCAGGGUCAGAGGUGA